AGCCAGAGGACACUGGGGAGGGAGGUCCGGGAGUGCCCUCCCUGCCCGGCACCGCGGGGCGCGGACCCGGCGGGCUCACGGAGGCAGCUCCAGAGGAGAAGUUGGAUUUGCAACAGGGGAAGGAGCACCUGGGCAGGAGCUGAUCUAGGAAGAGCUUGUUUUCUCCAGGAACGGUGACUCCAAGGGGUGGAAGAUGCUGGAUAAGGCCACCCUGCUCCUGUUCCUGCAUUUAGUCACAUGCUCCAUCUCCUCCCCUCUCUACCCAGCUCUCAGGUACAGUCCAGGGCCCAUUGCUGGCAAGGCCAUGAGCUUCCAGCUGCAGCACAGCAGCUCCUUGCAGAGCCAAAACCCCUUGGCAGAGGAGCAGCAGGAGGAGGGUUUUUUAUCAGACCCCACAGAGAAAAGGAUGCAGCGCCACGCUGAUGCCAUAUUCACUGACAACUACAGGAAAUUCCUGGGGCAGAUUUCCGCCCGAAAAUUCCUCCAGACCAUCAUUGGCAAGAGGCUCGGAAGCAGCGAGAGCAGCCCAGGGGAAGGGGUGCAGGAAUUCCUGACCAGGCGCCAGUCUGACAGUAUUCUGAUGGACAGCCAGUACCAGCAGCAGAUGGUGCUGAGGGACUUCCUGGGAGCCAUCCUGCAGAACCACAGGCCUCAGGACAUCGACAGCAGUGGGCUGGAAGGCUUUCCCAGCACCCUGGCUAAGCUCAUGUAAAUACUUCUCCUUUUUCCAUCUCCCCAUGCUCUGAAUAAUUCAGAGCUCAUGGACCAAACUGUACAGUGAGCCCUUCACAGCACUGAAGACAAUCCCAGAUGUGAGCAGCUGGAAACUGAUGCAUACACUCCUCAGAUCUGAUCAAAGGAAUGCAGUGCUGAAGCACUACUUAAUUUACUCCAGUCUUUACAAUUUAACUCCCCUCUUGAAAUAUUGCUCUGUACUAAAUCAGAAAAACCCCACCUCUGUGGUUUAACCUCGGGCUGCUUUACACAGAGACUAAAACAAGUGAUACACUUGUAAUCCUGGGGACAUUCUGUCUACUAAUUAAGGUUUCAAAUCACAAAGUGUGGCAAAAUUUCUGCCAAGUCAUCUUUCUGUUUGAGGGCCUGAUUAAUAAAUAUGAGGCCACCGAAAGGCACCUUUAGGCAACUUAGUAAAUUGAUUACAGCGUUCUCUAAAUUGAUGCUGAUGGCACAACCACACACAGCAAGGAUCUGGGUGAGACAUGAAUCCACACAUCUCUCAUUCACUGGAAACACUGCCCAGGGCUGCUGCUGCUUGGCUUCCUGACACAGAGUCCUGGCAGCAGAAUGAACUCUAAAAUGCUCAGCUACGCUGCCUGCUCGGCCUUGAGGAGUUCAAGCUGAAGUUACAGCCCUGCCAGAGCUAAAGGAGAUCCCUGUGCAUCAGAUUGGGCUGUCACUGUUUCAACUCAGCCUCCUGUUAUGUGCCAUCCCCUGGCUCUGAACUCCACCGUGGCUACAGUUACACUGUAAGUGUUGUAAAAGGAGUAAAUUAUUACCCAGUGAUCUCCUUUCUCCCUCUCACCCCAAUCCCCCUGUUGUUUGUGUAAUAAUCAUGUCUUCAGAAAUGUAAAUAACACCAGGAUGGGGUCUGCUCUCCCAUCAGCAGCAAGAAAUAAGAGUUGUUCUAA